AUUGUGUCGAGGUUCUAGAUGCAUUCCCAGCGAUCGGCAACUACAUGAUUGGAAUAUGCCGGAACCCAGUGGAGGGGCUUGCAGUGGUCUGUGUGAUAGCGCUGCAGCUAAGUGGUUCAUCUCGCUACACAAAUACUCCCCAUUGGGCCAGACCUUGUUGGUUAUUAGCAUUCGAACCAGGUGUUUGUCUGAUACUGGAACACAGAUCGAUAGAUCAUUGAUCGUCCGAGUAAUCUCAGCCUUGCUUUGCCCGAUGUGUGAAACAGAACUUCUAUACGACACAUUAGCAUGGUUAAGAGAUAUUUAGACCACCCAUUCGUGCUACUUGAUUCUGCGAUGUGAACCUUAUUUCCUUGGUUUUCAUUGAUUCUCCACCGACUAUAAAAUAAGUAAUUCAUGUGUUCUGCCCAAAGCAUGCCCCCCAAUGAAAGAAGAGCUGAACAAGUGACGACGGAACAAUUGAAUGGUUUCUGGCAAAGUCUGUGGACCGCUG